AUGGAACCUGAUUUUGGGCCGCGCGCCCAGCCGCCGCUCCUGGCACACUUUCUCGGGGAGACUGCGAAUACAGCUACAGCCGCCAUUGAUACGGCGGCCACCGACCCAACACGCCCGUCCAGCCGCUCACACCUCCCUCCGCCGGCAUCGCCGGCCAACAAGCAGACAGACUCGUCCUUCUUUACACGCCUGCCGAGCGAGAUCCGGCGCAUGAUCUAUGUUGAGGUCUGGCGCACCUAUGGCAGCGAAGGCUAUGGCGACCAGGCGAGUGGGGCCGGUGGAGAGGACGACAAGGACGACAAGGACGACAUACGCUCGCACGUUUCGGCGUCGGCGCGCGGCGGGCUGUCGCCGCAUAUUACGGCUGUCAUGCUGCCGUCUAUGGCCUGGCUGAAGUCGCCUAUACCGAGAAUUGGGGGCCGAAACAGCAGUAGCAACAGCAGCAGCAGGAGCACCAGCCACAGCAGGGGCGAUGGAGAGCGCACGGGCGACACCCAGCAGCAACAGCAGGAACAACCUCCACAACCUCCUCAACCUCCACAGCAACAACAACCAUCCCCGUGGACACGCCAGGUCAAUGGUUUCACGUCGGCGCCCUGCUUUUUACACGUGGACGACGACGACGACGACGACAGCUACCACCACCACCACCAUGUCGACCACAGCGUCAAUGGACGGCGUGACAGCCUCCAAGGCUCCUCCACAGCACCGGCACGUUCGCCGCGACGCCCGCCGGAGGCCGACGACGUCCGCCCACAGCGCCUGGCCGCCGCCCACCGCGCCGAUCUCGAUGCCGUCGCCGCCAACAACAGCAUCUACGACCACUCCAACUCGGACUCGGCCACGCCUUCGUCCACGUGGCGCGCCCGCUGGAACAGUCCGUGGCUGGGGCACUGGGCCUGCGAGGAAUACUACUCGGGGGCGGCCAAGUCGUCGGCGAGCGAAAGCAACCCAGAGACGGCAGCCGCCUCCGCCUCGUUCUCCUCUUUGGCGACCACCCCCCACAGCCACAGCCACCGCCGCCGCCGCCCGCCGUUGCGCCGCCCGUACCUGCCGGUCCUCUUGACGUGCCGCCGCGCCUAUGUGGAGGGCAUCGACCUGCUGUACAGCGCCCUCACUUUCCAGUUCACCGAGAUGUCCACCGCCCAAGACUUCCUCGCGCGCUGGCCCUGCGUGUCGUCGGUGCGGCUGGUCAUGCACCUGUCCAAUUCGCUGCUCGAGUUUUACCUGCGGCCGGACGAUGCAGACCAGGCCAUCAUUACCGCCGCCGAAGCGCCCGCGGCACAAGAUCCAGACCACUCUAACCAGGACCACAUCCACAAUCACGUCCUGAACCACAUCCACAACCACGACGCAGGCACCGGCGCCGUCACCAUCAACGCCCGCAACAAUGCCUGGCAGCGCCUGUGCGCUGGGUUCGCCGCCGACCGCCUCCCGAACCUGCGCCGGCUGCACGUCUGGGUCGAGGCCCACGAUCUGCGCGGCUGGCCCAAGACGGCCGCCGAGACGCGCCUGUUUGCGCAGCUGCUGGACGCCGCGCGCAGCCAGCGGCGGCUGACCCCGGAGCGGUUCGUGCUGUACCUGCCGACACUGCCCCCCGUCGGCAGCAAGGAGCGGGAACUCAAAGGGUGUUAUUUGGGGGAGCAUGACGAUGGCGGCGACAACGACAGAAACAACAGCAGCAAAGAAAAGGAGACAUGCGCCCUACCGCCCCGUCUCCCCUGCACCAUCGUACGCACCGAGCGGCCCGACUAUUGGGAUGUCCACAUGCACAUGCGCCCCGUCUAUGUCAACCGGCGCAUGUCCGUCGGCAGCCGCGUAUCUGCUCUCCGCCGCGCUGGUUUUCUCUAG